AUGAGGCUUAGUAAAUGCAAGAUAGAAAAUGAAUAUGAAAGAAGCAGGCAGCCUCCAGGUGAUCAUCCAGGCUUCAACGAACAUCAGACCAGAUUUGGAAUAAAUUCGCCAUUGCAAAACUUUCAACAGCAAUCAUCUUUGUUGACAAGUCCACCACCUCCAACUAUCCAAUUCCAACAAUCCAUUUUUCAACAACCUCAGCAUCAAACACCACAACUUCAACAGCCAUCACACCAACAUCAACCACCAUAUGUUCCACAAUUUAGCAGUAUACCUACUCAAGGUAUUCCAAGCAAUUUACCCGUGCAAAAUAUACAAAGCAACGUACCUGUAGGUAACAACCAUGCCUUUCAAUACAAUCAAAACCCCAAUGUAAACCCAAAUAUUUUAAACAAUUUCCCUCAGCCAAAUUUCAGACAAAUCAGUCAACAAAACCAAAACAUACUUCCACAAUCAGUGCCUACUCUUGCUACAUUUCAAAACGUACUACCUAUAGCACAGAAUACUCCUGCUUUUAACCAAAAUCCAAAUAUUCAAGGAACUGUUGGUAAUGUCGGACAGCAAAGACCAACACAGGCAGCUUUUCUGCCUACUUUAUCGUCUCCACAAGAUCAAAUAAUUUUUGGUCAACCGAAUCCUAUCACUAUCCAUCCAGCCCCAAACCUCGCUCCACAAAACAUAAACCUCGAAAACUCGCAAUUGCCAUUCCAGUCACAAUUGAAUCAAUUUACUAACGGCCAACUUCAAAAUUACUAUGAACAACAAUCAAAAGAAAAUUUGGAGAAACUAAAGGAACUUCAAGAAAGACAACGAAUCAUCCAAAAACAUCAAGAGUUUGUCGAGAAACAACAACAAAAGGAACAACAAAAAGUUGAAAAGUUGCAUGAAGAAUUCCUUACCAAGCAAGCAACAAAGACUAUACCUACUCAUGCCACAACUGAAAGCUACGAUAAUUUUUACACCCAAAGUCAUGAUAGACAUAGACCCCUUCUGCCGCACGAGACGGAUUUGUUUAGAAAAGCUCUUGAACUAUACGAAAAAGAGCAUCCUACAACCACCACAUCGACGACGACAACGACCACGACUACCACAACAACCCGUCCUACAACUCAAAGAUAUAGGGCCAGGCCAACCUCCAGACCGCGCAGCCCACCACGACAAGACAGAAAUAAACAAAAACUAUAUAACGAAAUAAAAAACUUGCUUGACGAAAGCGAGACCAAAGGAUUUGACGAUAAUUUACGAGCAAAAAGCGUAGAAUUACUCCAAAAACCAGAUAUUUUAAAGCAGCUGAAAGUAGUUUUAGCUGAAAAUCCCGAAGAUUUCAACGAAAAAAACUUUUCAUCGCGAGAAAUAUCCUUAAAUGGACAAAAAUUUGAAGUCAUAAGAACCACUAAUCCAAAUUUAAUCCCAAAAGGAGCAAUAACUGCUGAUAGUUCAAAUAUUGCCAAAAUUGUAACUGCUAACCAAGAACAACAAAAAGAAAAUCCUGUUUCUUUUGAAGAUCUGACUAAAGGUGUUUUACCACCUGGUGCUAAUUUUGAACUUAUUAAACAAUCCGAAAAUGGAAAACUAGAAGAAGUAUCGAAACUUCCCAACUCUAUUCAAAAUAAAAAGAAAGUUACUUUUGUAUUUCUGGAAGAACAAGACGAUGGAUCAUAUAAGGUUAAGGGUGUUAAAGCAAAUGGACAGCAAACUGAAGAAGGACCAGAGGUAGAAAGCAUUAUAAACAAAAUUAAGAAAGAUCAAUCAUAUUAUCAAAACACUGAGCAACCAUCAAGAACGACGGAACAUCAAGCUCAACCAUAUUAUCAAAACACUGACCAACCAUCAAGACCGACGCAACAUCAACCUCAGUCAUAUUAUCAAAACACUGAGCAACCAUCAAGAUCAACGCAACAUCACUCUCAAUCAUAUUAUCAAAACACUGAGCAACCAUCAAGAACAACGCAACAUCACUCUCAAUCAUAUUAUCAAAACACUGAGCAACCAUCAAGAACAACGCAACAUCAAGCUCAAACAUAUUCUCCCUUCCCACCGCGAACCACUACAGAAAGAUUUGUUUUUAAAUCUUCAGCACCUCGUUACAUAAUAAACAGAAAUAAUCAAGAUCAAACAUCAAGAGCUUCAUUCCCUAGUUCAACAAUCGUUAAUACCACUCCUACUCAUCAAACAACUACAGAGUCUUUAGUCAUUAUAGGAAGUAGUACAGUUCCACCCACAUUUGAGGAACCAAAAUCUUUCCCGGAGAUCUCUAAAAACGCUAACCCGAGUCUUGUGGAUAUUCUGAAGGAAAACGGACUUUUUGCUACCGCAAAAUACCUGAGACAAUCAGGUUUGGACACGAUUUUAAAUGAAACUGGACCGUACACGAUUUUCGCGCCGACGGACAAAGCUUUCAGGACUCUGUUGGUACAACUUGGUGGGCCAGAUAGAGCUGAGGAAAAGUUCAGAGAUAAUCCAAGACUACUGAGUGGGCUUCUUCUUCAUCAUGUCAUCCCUGGAGCUUUCGACAUCGCCUCACUUCAAGACGAGAUGACUGGAGUCUCCCUCGCCGGCACGCAACUUCGGGUCAAUCAAUACGACAUGCAUGAUGUGGAGUGGAACGAAGUGCGGGUUACAACAAUCAACGGUGCCAGAGUUCUAGAAGAUAAAAAGGAUAUCCAUAUUCCUCAGGGAAUGGCGCAUGCAGUGGACAGAGUCAUGUUUCCUUUGCCGGUGGGCGACAUAAUCCAAACGUUGCAGGCAGACAGAGACCGCCGUUUCACAACAUUCCUCAAAGCCAUACAGGCUAGUGGUUUUGCGGAUACCCUGUCAGAGAGCAAAACGUACACAGUUUUCGCGCCAACGGACGCGGCGUUCGCGCGUCUUCCAGCGCACGAGGUGGUACGGCUCGCGGACAAAGCGGACGCGCGCGCGCUGGUGGCGCGCCACGUGCUUCCCGGCACGCUGUACAGCGCCGGCAUGCGCUACUACCAGCUGCGCAACUCCAUGGAGGACGCCAAGCCGCUUACGCUCCAGAAGAAUUCCGGUCGCAUCAAAGUCAACAACGCGCAAGUCGUCACGCACAACAUCCCUGCUACAAACGGCGUGAUCCAUGCUAUCGACAACAUAUUGUGA